AUGCCUCACUCCUUUCAGAAGAAAAUAGGCAAACAGAUGCUGCUAUCUGCGGGAGAAAGAAAAGGGGAGUCUGUUCUCUGGAAUCUUCACAAACACAAUUUCCAAGGACUGGACACAAUGGCCUGUGCGGCUGACAGCUGCAUCCAGUUCACCCGCCACGCCAGUGAUGUGCUGCUUAACCUCAACCGGAUGCGCAGCAGGGACAUUCUCACUGAUGUCACCAUCCUGGUCAGCAGGCAGCAGUUUCGUGCACACAAGAAUGUGCUCAUGGCGUGCAGUGGGCUGUUCUACUCCAUCUUCACUGACUCACACAAGUGCAGCCUCAGCGCAAUCAGCCUGGACCCAAAGGUGGAUCCUGAGGGCUUUGCUAUCCUGCUGGAGUUCAUGUACACAUCGCGCCUCAGUCUGAAGGAGAGUUUGAUCAUGGCCAUCCUCAACACUGCCAUAUACCUGCAGAUGGAUCAUGUUGUAGACACCUGCCACAGAUUCAUCAAGACCAGCGACCCAGCCAAACUGCCCAGGGAUGAGUUUUUGGUGAGCCCUCUGGUGCUGCCUCAGGACAUCCAUGCGUUCCGACCUCAUGACGUGGUGGACAGUUUGCACAGCCGGGUGACUCCGUUCAGAGACAGUAGACCUUACAGUUCUCACAUGUUCAAUGGGGUCACUACUCCCUCUAACUAUCAUCUCUAUGGCCAGUUUCCCAUGCCUGGGUUUCCCUUCCCUCUCUGUAAACUUACUGAUGCCAAAAAUGCUUUUGCGGACCUCUCAAGGAGCGGACUGCACCACAAGCAUUGUUCUCCCCACGACAGCACUUUCAGGGCUGACUACAGCCGAGCUUUGGGCUCUGGGAUCAUCCACCCCAGCACCUAUGCACCGCGGGAAGAUGAGCUCCGCAAAGACAGCCAUGACAUGAGUCAGUCCAUCGGCCUGAGCUCCAGGAAACGGGCUUUUCCGCUGCUCGGUCUAGAGCACCCAAAAGAGUCGUCCAAAGAUCACAGUGCAGCAGAGGAGGAGCUGCUCCAUCAGCAUUACCCCUUGGGCAUUUCCUCUGGCCGCAAGAGCCUCCUGAGCAGCCCCCAAAGUCCCCUUAAGUCUGACUGUCAGCCCAACUCUCCCACAGAAUCCAGCAGCAGCAAAAACGCCAGUCUGUCCCAGAGCACAGCGCAGACCUCACAGAGCGCGCAGGAUCCUAAAGCACGCAACUGGAAGAAGUACAAGUUCAUUGUGUUGAAUCAAAGCGCCAAGGACGAGGAGGCGGGGCUUCAGGACGCUGGGCUGAGCUCACCUCAGCGCCACGGGCUGCAGCCAUACCUGCACCAGAACGUCUCAGAGAGUCUGGAGCCUCAGAACAAAAGCAGUGACCACAGCGGAGAGCUGCCGGCUCCACAGGCCAGCCGCCUCAACAACAUCAUCAGCAGCGCUCUGGAGGGCUCGCUGAGGACUGGGGACACGCAGCAUUUCCUUUCGCGCCUCAACUGUUCGUCCUGUGGGUCGCAGUCACCCCGGCACUCGGAGAUCUGCCCCAACCCCACCGCUCGACUCACAGAGAUGACAGAGCUGCACUCAGAGUACUCGGACUCCAGCUGUGAAAAUGGCACAUUCUUCUGUAACGAAUGUGACUCUAAAUUUGUUGAAGACGAAGCCCUGAAGCAGCACAUGUUGCAAGUGCACAGCGACAAACCGUACAAGUGCGACCGCUGCCAGGCCGCCUUCCGCUACAAGGGGAACCUGGCCAGCCACAAGACUGUGCACACAGGUGAGAAACCUUACAGGUGUAACAUCUGUGGUGCUCAGUUCAACAGACCAGCCAACCUCAAGACUCACACCCGCAUCCACUCAGGCGAAAAACCCUACAAAUGUGAGACCUGUGGAGCACGCUUCGUACAGGUCGCUCACCUUCGGGCUCACGUUCUGAUUCACACCGGAGAGAAACCGUAUCCCUGUGAAAUCUGCGGGACGCGAUUUCGACAUCUCCAGACGCUCAAAAGCCACCUGCGCAUCCACACGGGAGAGAAGCCCUACCAUUGUGAGAAAUGUAACCUGCAUUUCCGGCACAAGAGUCAACUGCGUCUGCAUCUGCGGCAGAAGCACGGAGCCAUCACCAACACCAAGAUCCAGUACAGGAUGUCCACGGACAUACCCACCGAUCUGACUAAAGCGUGUUGA